CCCAAACCAGAAAACCUAACAAGUGGAUCCGCAAAAUCAAGAAUCAAUCGAACAAACAAACAAACAAGCAAGCAAAGGCCAAAGCAAAAGCGCGAGCCUAGCCUCCUCUCUGAAACAGUUGUGAAGACCAAUCGCAGCGGGGACAGCAAUAAUAAUGUUUCGUUCAGCGGGGAAGCGGUUGCUCCUCGUACCGCCGUUGUUGCGCAGCCAAAUUUCUCGAUUUCCAAUUUCAAUGGUACCAAACUACUCCUCUCGUUUUUCUUCUCACACGUUCGCUGAUCAAAGCCCCAGAAAUUGUAAUAGUCCCCAUAAUCCGCAACCUCCGAAUUCUUCCGACUCAUCCGAAGCUCACCGCCAGACCCCUCGAGCAGCUGAUUACGAGGACGAGCAAGCUCGAGUCCUCAGCGUCUCCCUUCGCCACGUGCCUAGGUUGGGAUGGAGUGAAGCAGCCAUGAUUGCUGGUGCAAGAGAGGCUGGUGUUUCACCUUCUAUAGUUGGUUCUUUCCCUAGGAAAGAAGCUACACUAGUAGAGUUUUUCAUGGAUGAGCGUUUACAAAGGCUUAUUGAUAGAAUUGAAUCGCAUGAAGAUUUGAGGAACUUGAUACCCAGUGAAUGCAUCUCAAAGCUUGUUCGCAUGCGCUUAGAAAUGCAGGUCCCCUACAUAUCUAAAUGGCCUGAAGCACUUAGCAUCCAGGCUCAACCACAAAAUUUUCCGACUAGUUUUAAGCAACGAGCCAUGCUGGUUGAUGAGAUCUGGCAUGCUGUUGGUGAUAUGGCCACUGAUGUUGACUGGUAUGUGAAGCGUACAGUUCUUGGAGCAAUAUACUCAACAACUGAGGUGUACAUGCUAACUGAUAGUUCACCAGAAUUUCAAGAUACAUGGGCUUUCUUGGAUGGGCGAGUUAAAGAUGCAUUUGAUCUGAAAAAGAGCAUUCAAGAGGGAAAAUAUCUGGUCGAAGCUGUUGGUGCUGGAAUGGGAAGCUCUUUGCAAGGAUUCAUGAGUACAGUUUUCAGGUCUAAUGUUAAUGGUGGGACAACCUGAGAGGUUUCACAUUGCCAGCGAUGUCCAUAUACCGAAUGGUGAUCCAAAAUAAUUCCCUACCCCUCAACCACAGGAAAAAAAAAAAAUCAAUCCAUUUUGAAUUGCUUUGAAUUGGUUGUGAGACUGGAAGGCUGCUGUACACUGAUAUUAUCCCUGAGAAUUAAUUAUUUGUUUUCCUAAA